UUUGUUGUGUAACAGGAAAUUAUUAUAUAAUACGAUGUUGAGGAGAUUUAGACAUAAUGGUCACAGUUGCCAGGAAAACACAAUCAUACUGUAAGAGUAUGUUGUUAAUUCUAUAAAACCUGGAGAAGUGUACAUUCUAAAAUGAAAGGUUUUGCAGUCUAUUUAGUACAAACGAGAGGACGUGAACUUCAAGCGACCCAAUUGCCCUAGCAAUAUCUGUCUGACAGUGUUCCCUCUUCAAAUUGGGGUCAGCAGACACGCUGACACUGGAAAGAGCAAGAGGGAGGGAGAGAACUACAGCGAAUGAGACGGUUGACUCUCGAAAUAGCAAGAGAGAGCGAGUAGGAACGAGACAGAGUUGAAUUUAGCUCACAGGCAACGAGACAUGAGAAAACAUACUGUUUCUACAGCAGGAAAAUAAUCCUGUAGCAACAACAAAUGGCAGACAGGAGGGGGUGGAGAUUGACCCCUGGGAGGAUGCAGAUUACAGUAUUUACAGAGUCACUGACCGUUUCGGGUUUCUGCAUGACGAGGAUCUGCCAGCCCCUAGUGCACAUGAGGAGAAGAAAAAGAACCUGGAAAUUGAAAGGGUAGAAAAAUGGCUGAAGAUGGUGAAAAAAUGGGAUAAAUACUGGAACAGUGACAGGAUGGUAAAGCGUGUGUAUAAGGGUCUCCCCCUGCAGCUGAGAGGACAGGCCUGGGCCCUGAUGCUGGAUGUGGAGAAGUUGAAGAAUGAGAACGAGGGGAAGUAUGAGAGGAUGAAGGAACAGGCCAGAAUGUUCUCCCAGGAAAUCAAACAGAUCGACCUGGACGUGAACAGGACGUUUAGAAACCACAUCAUGUUCAUGGAUCGAUUCGGAUUCAAACAGCAGUCUUUAUUUCAUGUCCUGUCUGCCUAUUCAGUCUACAACACGGAGGUGAGCUACUGCCAGGGCAUGAGCCAGGUCGCCGCCUUGCUGCUGAUGUACAUGAACGAGGAAGACGCCUUCUGGGCCCUGUCACAGCUACUGACCAAUCAGAAGCAUGCCAUGCACGGUUUCUUCAUUCCUGGGUUUCCCAAACUGCAGCGCUUCCAGGCGCACCACGAUCAGAUUCUCUCCAAACUCAUCCCCAAGCUGAAGAAACAUCUGGACAGGGAACAGAUGUCCUGUGGGAUCUACAGCACUAAAUGGUUCCUGCAGUGUUUCAUUGACAGGACCCCGUUCACCCUGACUCUACGCUUGUGGGACAUCUACAUUCUGGAAGGAGAGAAACUUCUUACUGCCAUGUCCUACACAAUCCUUCGAAUAUUUAAGAAACGUCUCCUGAAGAUGAAUCUGGAGGACCUGAGAGAGUUUCUUCAGGAGAAGAUCGCCCUGUCUUUCCUCAACAGCGAUGAUAUCAUCAUCGAUCAGCUGCAGGCCUCCAUGGCGGAACUACGCAAGAUGAAGCUGGACCUUCCACCCCCAGCCAAGCCAGAUGAGCUGCCACAGAAGGCCCUGGGUUUGGAGCUGCCUGUUCUGCUCACCCCUCUCAAGCCCCCCAGGGGAGUCUCCCCUGACCAGGGAUCCAAACGACCAGGAGCAGGGGGUCUGGGUCUCCACAUCAUCACCUACCAGCCAGACAUCAUCUCACAAGACGACAGCCCUUCCAAGGAGGACAGGAAGGACAAGGAAGCUCUCAACAUGGAGGAAGAGGAUGAGGAGGAAGUAUCUCUUCCAUCUCCAGACCCCGUUCUCAUCCACACCAUCCAGGCUCAAGUUACCCCCGAUGGGCCUCCCCAGGCUGGGGCUGGGCCACCACCUUAUGAGCCACCAGGGGGUAAUGAGCCCAAUGUUAUGGGACAACCUGCCAUUCUUAUGGUACUCCACAAAGAAAAAAAUGUUGAGAGCUCCUCUGGUCCAGUGGCUUUACCAGAGACACAGGUCGUAGUUCAACAGGGUACAAACACACCUCCACAAAGCCCCAUGGAGGAGUCGACCCUGACUGCCCCAGUUGCCCCUUCAUCCCUUAGCCCUCCCCAGCCACCCUGCAGGGUCCCCCGGACUCAGUCAGCACCCUUAGCCCAGGCUUCCCAGCGGCCUACGGGCCUGGCCCAGAGUGAGAGCCGUUCAGUGGGGGAGAGGGCGGAGGAUGUGUACCUGGCCAGGCUUCUGGAGCAGGCCAUGGCUCUACCUAAACACAGGGCCCAGACAGGAGAAAAAGGAGAGCCAGGAGACCCAGAAUGGCCAGUUCGAUUCUAGAGCAUUGCAAUGCAUUCUAAGUCACCCCCUGUUAUCUACAUGACUGACAUUGCAGAAACAUAGUGUUAUGUUGUAGGAGAAGCUGCCAUAGUGGAGUGCCAAGGACAGUGCCACAUUCUCUCCCAUCAUAGUGAAAGCAUUACAGCUUAUUUCAUUUUAGUAGUUUUGUAAUAUUCUAACAAUGGACAUUAUGUUUGCUUAGAGAGCCUAUGUAAAAUAUUUGUUAGUAUAGUCUUAUUUUAGUAUAGUUUUAUUUUUGUAUGUGGACACCUGCUUGUCGAACAUCUCAUUCCAAAAUCAUGAGCAUUAAUAUGGAGUUGGUCCCCCCUUCGCCUCCACUCUUCUGGGAAGGCUUUCCACUAGAUGUUGGAACAUUGCUGCGGAGACUUGCUUCCAUUCAGCCAUGAGCAUUAUUGAGGACGGGCACUAAUAUUUGGUGGUUAAGCCUGGCUCGCAGUCAACGUUCCAAUUCAUCCCAAAGGUGUUUGAGGUCAGGGCUCUGUGCAGGCCAGUCAAAUUCUUCCACAACGAUCUCGACAAACCAUUUCUGUAUGGAUCUCGCUUUGCGCACGGGCAUUGUGAUGUUGAAACAGGAAAGGGCCUAUCCCAAACUGUUGCCACAAAGAUGGAAGCACAUAAUCGUCGAGAAUGUCAUUGUAUGCUGUAGCGCUAAGGGGCAUAGCCCGAACCAUGAAAACCAGCCCCAGACCAUUAUUCCUCCUCCGUCAAACUUUACAGUUGGCACUAUGCAUUUUGGCAGGAAGCGUUCUCCUGGCAUCCGCCAAAACCAGAUGCGUCUGUCGGAUUACCAAAUGGUGAAGCGUGAUUCAUCACUCCACUGCUACAGAGUCCAACGGCGGUGAGUUUUACACCACUCCAACUGACGCUUGGCAUUGCGCAUGGUGAUUUUAGGGUUGUGUGCCGAUGCUGGGUCGUGGAAACCCAUUUCAUGAACUCACAACGAACAGUUCUUGUGCUGACGUUGCUUCCAGAGGCAUUUUGGAACUCGGGAGUGAGUGUUGCAACCGAGGACAGACGCGCUACACACUUCAGCACUUGGCCGUCCUGUUCUGUGUGAAUGUGUGGCCUACCACUUCGCAGCUGAGCCGUUGUUGUUCCUAGACGUUUCCACUUCACAAUAACAGCACUUACAGUUGACCGGGACAGCUCUAGCAGGGCAGAAAUUUGACAAACUGACUUGUUGGAAAGUUGGCAUCCUAUGACGGUGCCACGUUGAAAGUCACUGAGCUCUUCAAUACGGGCCAGUCUACUGCCAAUGUUUGUCUAUGGAGAUCGCAUGGCUGUGUGCUCGAAUUUAUAUACCCGUCAGCAACUGGUGUGUCUGAAAUAGCCAAAUCCACUAAGUUAAAGGGGUGUCCACAUACUUUUGGCCAUUUAGUGUAACUUCGUUUCUAGAGCAAAGGCUCAGUCUGAAAUGACCUUUUAGAUGGUGAGUUGUCCAAAUCCGCGACAGGAUAGUGUCCCAUUCUAGCAUUAUUAUACCAGGGGUUCAGAACUUCAGAAGGCAGCAAGGGGCCUCAUCUCUUAGUCCAUCAUUUGAGGUCACUUGUGGCCAAAUACCCAAUAUUUUAGGCAAAGGCCUAGUAUAGAUGGAUUUUGUACUGGUCAUCCACAAAAAAACGAAACAAGCAUAGGUGAAGGCAAUUGGUUCUACUGUACAGAUGAAGUUGGAAGUUUACAUACACUUAGGUUGGAGUCAUUGAAACUCGUUUUUCAACCACCCCACAAAUGUCUUGUUAACAAACUAUAGUUUUGGCAAGUCGGUUAGGACAUCUACUUUGUGCAUGUAAACAAUUGUUUACAGACAGAUUAUUUCAAUUAUAAUUCACUGUAUCACAAUUCCAGUGGGUCAGAAGUUUACAUACACUAAGUUGACUGUGCCUUUAAACAGCUUGGAAAAUUCCAGAAAAUUAUGUCAUGGCUUUAGAAGCUUCUGAUAGGCUAAUUGACAGGAGGUGUACCUGUGGAUGUAUUUCAAGGCCUACCUUCAAACUCAGUGCCUCUUUGCUUGACAUCAUGGGAAAAUAAAAGUAAACUGCCAAGACCUCAGAAAAAAUAUUGUAGACCUCCACAAGUCUGGUUCAUCCUUGGGAUCAAUUUCCCGCGUUCUGUCUCCUAGAGGUGAACAUACUUUUGUGCGAAAAGUACAAUCCCAGAACAACAGCAAAGGACCUUGUAAAGAUGCUGGCAAAAACCGGUACAAAAGCAUCUAUAUCAAAAGUCUGAAAUCGACAUAACCUGAAGCCACUGCUCCAAAACCGCCAUAAAAAAGCCAGAUUACGAUUUGCAACUACACAUGGGGACAAAGAUCAUACUUUUUGUAGAAAUGGCCUCUGGUCUGAUGAAACAAAAAUAGAACUGUUUGGCCAUAAUGACCAUCGUUAUGUUUGGAGGAAAAGGGGGGAUGCUUACAAGCUGGAGAACACCAUCACAACCGUGAGGCACAGGGGUGACAGCAUCAUGUUGUGGGAGUGCUUUGCUGCAGGAGGGACUGGUGCACUUCACAAAAUAUAUGGCAAUAUGAGGAAGGAAAAUUACAUGGAUAUAUUGAAGCAACAUCUCAAGACAUCAGUCAGGAAGUUAAAGCUUGGUUGCAAGUGGGUCUUCCAAAUGGACAAAACCCCAAGCAUACAUCCAAAGGUGUGGCAAAAUGGCUUAAGGACUACAACGUCAAGGUAUUGGAGUGGCCAUCACAAAGCCCUGACCUCAAUCCCAUAAGACAUUUGUGGGCAGAACUGAACAGGCAUGAGUGAGCAAGGAGGCCUACAAACCUGACUGUUACACCAGCUCUGUCAAGAGGAAUGGGCCAACAUUCACCCAACUUGUUGUGGGAAGUUUGUGGAAGGCUACCAUAAACGUUUGACCCAAGUUAAUAAACAAUUUAAAGGCAAUGCUACCAAAUACUAUUUGAGUGUAUGUAGAUUUCUGACCCACUGGGAAUGUGAUGAAAGAAAUAAAAGCUGAAAUAAAUAAUUCUCUCCACUAUUAUUCUGACAUUUCACAUUCUUAAAAUAAAGUGGUGAUCCUAACUGACCUAAGACAGGGAAUUUUUACAUUUCAGGAAUUGUGAAAAACUGAGUUUAAAUGUAUUUGGCUAAGGUGUAUGUAAACUUCCAACUUCAACUGUAUGUGACGUUGGGCUUAGAUUUGUCAUCUAGCAAGAAUAAUUCAUAUUUAAAUCUCAUUUUCUAUACUUGGAAUGUUUAAGCUUAAAAUGAAAACAUAUUUUCUGUUAUCAUUGAUCUAGCAAAAAUGUAUUUUCAGAUUAUUGGAUCUUUGCUGUAAUGUAUUAUAAAGCUUAUUGGUCAUUUGUAUUUGUAAGAAAAGCAAUGUGUAGAUAUUUUGUAGUCAUUGUGUUGUAGAAUAAACACACUGAAGUUCUAAAUACUGACUGUAGAGAUUCUGUAGUAGCAAAUAGCCUAAUUAUGAUGUUGAAGUAGCCCUUAACAUUUUUUCCAAAUGGUUCGUGGUAUAUUGUACUUUAGCGCCACGUGAUUUACUUACUUUGCUGACAUCUAGUGGACAUUUUGCGUAUCGUGUUUCAUUUGUCCACUGGCAGAUGUUGGUUGGUUAAAUGAAUACAAAGUUUACUUAGGUUCCCUCAAUUCAUCACAAGCUAAACUGUUAUAAUCAUCACUCAUAAACUUGUUGUUAGAAGCCCAUUAUUUAUUUACCUUUAAAGAAAUUGAAAGGUUAUUUAUAGACUAAGCUGUCUAGGUCUACAGCAAUUUCAACGGUAAUGUUUUGCACUUUGCUAUUUAUCCACAGGAAAACAGGCUAAGGAAGAAAGGUUUUUGUGUGAAUUCUACAUUCAUGUUUGUACAUUGAUAUGCCUUAGUUGUAAGGUUGUUGACAGUCAAAGCAAAACAGAGGUGGUUAUGAUUCGUGUGUAAUCUAUGCAAUGAACCCCUGAGACAGUUCAAUAAUGAUUUGUCAAAUACAUGUUUUCUACAUUUUGA